AUGACUUACCAACAACAACCACAAUACGCCCAAUACAUCCAACCAAUAAUUCAAACGCCUCCACAGUACCAACAAGCGCCAGUCCAGCCGAUACAGCUCAUUCCCCAAUCUGAAAUAAUCGUGCCAUCAUAUCAAUCAGAACAAAAAGUGAACGUGACAAAUCAAAACGACUCGAUGAUGUCUGCUAUCUUAUUUGGAUUUGGAUUUUUACUCUGCUGUUUGUGGCUCGUCGACUAUUGUAAAUAUAGAAAUUCCAAGGACGUUCAAGCAAGAUCGAUUGCUUUGGUCUCUUUCGUGUUCUUCAUUAUCUCAACAGUGUUCACAAUUUUCGUCGUUGGCUACUUAAUUUCCUGCGUCAUCGAAUUGGCCGUGAUAGUUAAUAAUCGCGAGUAA